AUGUUUAAUUAUAGUAAAGUAUGCAACAGUUUAUAAAGGUACGUUUAAAUUAAACGAAAUACCACUGCUACUUGUUUAUCAUUGAAGAUGUUACUAUGAGUUUAUUCUUUAUCAUCGGCGUUCUUUUGUAAAGGAUUUAGAAAAAUAUUUUCAAAUACAUUAUUUUAAUUUACAAAUUCAACAUUAUAAACAGCCACAAAACUCCACUAGCUAAAGCAUUUCAAGUGGUCAGUAAGUAAUUUCGUCUGGUAGAAAAAAAACCAGCCAUCACCAUAUCAUGGCUUAUGGACAAGAUAAUAUGGUUCUUGGUUAUUUUAACGCAAAAUCAAAUGUCUAUGCACUCCUUACACGCAAAAAUGUCAUUAAACGUAUCCAACACAAGACCAUUUUAAAGUUCAACAACGCCAGUAAGAGUAACAAUAAGAAUAAUUUAUAUAACAUCAGCAACAAUAACAUCAACAACUUUAAUGACAAUAACGACACAACAAUAAAACUCACAACAAACGAUAGCGAUGGAGAUGAGUACGAAGAUGAACUGACGAGAAUGCAUGAUGGCAUCGUCAAGGAUGACGUCAAUGCGAUAAGGUCGGCUCUGGAGUCUGGAGUGGAUGUGAAUGAAAAGUUCAGUGAGGACGUGGACCAACAACAUGUCGACAUGACUCCUCUAUCAUUGGCAGCUGCCCUCAACAAAAUCGAAGCUGUUAAGCUGCUUCUGGCGUAUGGUGCCCACGUUGAUGACACAUUUGCUGCCCUGAAGACCACAGCCCUUAUGACGUCAUCGUUUCACGGCCACCAAGAAAUUGUGAAGUUGCUGCUGAAGAAAGGAGCCAACGUGAAUGCCGUCGACGUGCAAGGAAGUACCGCGCUCGGCUACGCUUUCGGAGGAACGAAGAAUAUUGAUGUCAUCAAUCAACUGCUGCAAGCAGGGAUCGACGUCAACUUGAAGAACAUGCUCGGCAUGAACGCCCUCCUCCUCGUGGCUGGCUACAGCAACGACAGACUGGUGCGCAUGAUCUUGGACCACAGAGCGGACGCCAACGCCGUCAACGAUUUCAACCACUCGGCCCUUCAUAUUGUUGUGGUUGGAAAGUGGUCUCAAAUUAGGGGGUUGACUCAGAAUGGGAGGAUGUCCAGUGCCCACUAUGGAUUGCACCGAAGAAAUUUGGACAUAGCCCUCAAAGAUUGGGCUCGGUCCCACCGUUCCUUACUUCGAAGCGGUAGGGAAGAUGAACAACUGCUGGAAAGAAUUGGUCAGUUUAUGAUGGAAGUAGGAAGCAGGUACAUGGAGCCAGAAGUCGGGUCAAACGAUGGUGAAGAUGACCAAGAAACUAUGAAGAAAAGAGUAGAAGCUGUUUGGAGCUACCGAAGAGACCAGCUGGAAAAGCGUCAGACAAAGAAAAAACAGAAUGGUGUGAUCGACAAUCUCUUGUCAUGUGGAGGUAAAAGAAGUAAAAAAGGUAAAGAGCAGGUCAAAGGUCAGGGCGCUCCUUUGGCCAAGCCAGUACCCGUCAACGAUCAAAGACCCAACCUACCUGCUGACGCCGAACAGGAGAUUGUCAACAUAUCAGAGAAGUGCUCGAGAAUUCUAAAAUAUAUCAUUGAUGCUGGCUGUGAAGUUGAUAAGGUUGAGAAGACGUUUGGCAUGACAGCUCUUGACAUGGCGAUAUUAUUCGGUGACGUGGAAUCGACGGCUGUGCUGGCAUCGGCCAAUGGGGAUGCUUUCCACCUGAUGAAGAUGUUUUCCCUGACGGGUCUCUACGACGCCAUCCUCUCUGUCAACAAGAAGCAAGUGAAGGAGGUGCUGGCCAGUGAGGAUAACAUUGAUGUCAAUCAGAAGUUUUCUGCUUUCAAUAUGUCUGCUAAGGCCGAUAUGGCGAGGAGCCGGGAUAUAAGGAGUGAGGGAUUGACUCCCAUUGCUCUAGCUGCUCAAAUAUCAGAUCCCGAGAUGCUGGAAAUCAUCAAAAUGCUACAGAAGCAAGGUGGCGAUGUAAACUCAGUGGGUCCCAACGGAAGUAGUCCACUGGGGGAGGCCAGUCGAACGGGCAACCUGAAAAUGGUCGAGUAUCUGGUAUCACAAGGGGCCUCUAUAGAACAACCAAGCCCCUGCUACAACAAUGCCACGCCCGUUACCCUAGCCAUAAUGAACAAACGAUAUCAUAUCUUUGAUUUUCUGCUGCAUAAAAAUGUGAAAUUGGAUAAAAAGAUGUCAGACGGCAAGACGGCCCUCAUCAUAGCCGCCGAGAACGAAGACAGAACAAUGGUCGAGAAGAUCCUCGGUGCAAACCUGCUUGAGAAUUUCAGUGAUAGGAAUGGCAUGACUUACGAACUGGCAAAGGAAUACCAAAAGCCUGACAAAAAUUUCAACAACAUCAUGAAGAUAAUUAGCAACGAAGUUCAACGCAUCAAAUCCAUAACGACAACUACGACAACAACCACAACUUCGCCACAGCAGCAACAAGAACAGCAACGAACCUCGGCAAGACCAGCCAAUCAGAGAGUAUCAGACCCUUUGAAUCUGAAAGCUGGUGCCAAUAAAAAACCUCAGUAUAAUUUUCCAACUCAGCCUCCACAGGAAGAAGAAAGUGAAGAUGAGGAGAGCGAGGAAGAAGACGAUGAAGAUGACGAGGACGAUAAUAAAAUGAAACAGCAGCAGCAACAGCAGCAGCAGCAGCAGCAACAGAAACUUCAGCAACAAAAACAGCAGCAGCAGCAACAACAACAGAGACAACAACAACCGCAGCAACAAAAAAAUAUUCAAAAAUCAAUUCCUGCUCCGGAAACAAGUUCGGAAGAGGAAUCAGAGGAAGAAGACGAAGAAAGCGAAGAAGAUCAGCCAAUGCCACAACAGCAGCCACAACAACCACAAAAACAGCAAGUGCCUUCUAAGAACGUGUUACAACCUCCUGCGCCACUGCAACCACAAGCAAAACCGCAACAACCAAGACAACAACAAGCAGAACCAUCUUCCGAAGAGGAAACUUCUGAAGAAGAGGAAGAAGAGGAGGAAGAAGAAAGUGAUGAAGAGCCGUUGCCACCGCCGCCUCCAGCUGUAGUAACUAAAACGGCAAAAACAACAACAACUGUAACGACACAAAAAACACCAAUCCCCGUUCCGCAACAGCCGAAGCAGCAACAACCGCAGCAACAAAAGCCACAGCGGCCAGCAUCAGAAUCUGAAGAAAGCGAAGAAGAUGACGAGGAAGAAGAGGAAGAAGAGGAGGAAAUUCCUGUGUUACCUCCGAGAAUGAACGGAAAAACAAAUGUGAAAACGGUGACAACCAUCACCACCAACAAACAACAGCCAUCUCCAGUGGCCUCUUCAAGAACUGAACCGCAGCAAAAACAACAACAGCAGCAACCACAACAACCCAAACCGCAGCAAUCGCAACUACAAAAACAAGCACCCAGACCCCAACCUUCUCCGCCAGUUGACGAUGAUAGCGAAGAAGAAGAAGAGGAAACUGAUGAUGAUGACGAAGAGGAAGAAGAUGACGAUGAAGAAAAUCAGCCACAAGAGCGGAUAGCUCCACCUCCCCAAAAAAGUGAGACCAACUACAGGCCGCAAACAACAACAGCAACUUCGACAACAAAGACAACUGUAACUAAACAGCCUGUCCCACAACCGAAACCAGCCAUCAACCAGCCUGCACGCACUAAACGAGCAGUUGAAUCUUACAUGCUCUCUCCCAUUGGAAACAACAACAAUCCCCCUCCACUUCCAUUUUCUAGACCUCCCGGAGAUGAUGACGACGACGACGAAGAUGACGACGAUGAUGAUGUCGACGAAAACGGUUACGGAGAAGAAUUCCAACCUUCGAGGUUUACAGACUUGAAUGCGAAUUCUCCAACCAAGCAGACGAACACGACCGUCAAGAAAACGGUAACAAAAGGUGGCGACGGCGUCUCGCGAACUGUCGUCACAAAAACAGUGGUCACCACUUCUAAAAAUGUUGUCUCAGGCCACGGUAAGAAUCCGAUUCCUGUUGAAAGCGACGACGACGAUGUCGAUGACGAGUAUGAAGAUGAUGACCACAGAGGCGGGGAGACUGACAUUUAAACGUGGCCAACUAAUGGAUGACCGGAUCUAUUUUUCAAUUUGUAAACGUUGUCGCUUGAUUUUUAUUUUGAAAUAACAGAAUAAAUAAAAUUAAUUAUUGAUCCAUUGCGUAUAAUACAUACAAACCAAUUCCUAUAACUAAUCAUUUCUACCCCUGUCUUCUUAUUUCAAACGUAAUUUUCGAAGGGCAUAUGUGGUCGUUGAUGAAAAAACCUUCCAUUUUUGUGAUUGCAAAUAGAGGUUUGAACAAAAUAUUCAACUUUAUUAACAAUCGAAUAAUAAAAUUUUACACCGUUGUAUUCA